UGUAUGUAUGUAUUUGUUGUGUCAAUGUAUACAUGUAUUGUGUACGUAUGUCAUGUAUACUAGCCUGCCUGCCUGCAUAGACUGCCGCACCAGACAGUGACCGAUUUUCCGGGACCCAUUUUCCCCUGGCUACACUCAUCACAUUCAACCUUCGGUCGGACUCGGAUGGACGGACAUGCAGCCAUCGAACACCCAGCAAGCCAAAUACACACACACCGUCCAUGCCCUUGCUCGUCACUCGUCAUCCUCCUUGAUCUUGAGCGGCAUCACGCUGCACUCAGUGAUGACCACAGCAGUGGUCGGCCUCUCGUUGGCACACGGCAGCUUCGCUAUCCGACGCACCGUCCGCAUCCCACUCACCACCCCUGGGUGCGUGGCCACCAUACAAACGCACCCCAAUCGUCAAAUGCGUCUCUGUUCUGUCAGUGUGUGGUAUUGUGUUCUGUCUCUCGAGCGUACUUCCGAUAGCGACCGUCUUGCCGUCGAGGAAUGACAGGUCUCUCAGCGUGAUGUAGAACUGAGACCCGAUGGUGUUGGAGUGGGGGCCGCGGUUGCACAUGCCCUUGCAUUCAUUGAGACACACGCACAGAGAGAGACAGCCGUCGCGAGCGUCCUUUAUUUGUAUGUCUCGCUCGUGUCUCACAGGCCCACCAGGAUGCCGGGCUGGCUGUGGUCGAUGGCGUAGCUCUCCUCUGAAUGAAUGGGUCAGUGAGACAGGAGAAGCGUGAUGGAUCGAUAGACGAGCCAGCUCAUCACCCACCCCACUGACUGACCAGGCAGGUUGUCGCCCGAGGCACUCACGCUGUUGGCACCCGACCCGUCAACGAUGUCUGCAUCCCCCCGUGAGACACAUGCAUGGCCCACACGUGCACUGCAUUACACGUGUGUGUGUGUGUAUGUGUGUGUGUGUGUGUGUGCAUGCACCUCCCGACUGUAUCCAGCCGUCUGGCAGGACUCUGUGCACAAGGCAGCCCUUGUAGCCACCUUUGACCCCCUGACCCUCAACCAACUUCAGGAAAUUGUCACACAUCCGAGGCAACACGUCAGUGAACAGCUGAGGAGGGGCAUGGCAGGCAAGAAGAAUAGCAAGACAUGCAUGUGUCUCUCUCUCUCUCUCUCUCUCCCUCUGUGUGUGUGUGUGUGUUGUGUGUGCCUCUGUGUGUCUGUGCCUCUGCCCACCUCAAAGACGACAUUCUCUCCCGGCUCAUCACCGAUUUGGAAAGUAAAGGAGCAAAAGAUGUGCUGCAUGCGACACAUAAACACACACACACAGACACACACACACACACACACACAUGACAAGCACAGACGACACGUCCCUCCUCGUUGGCAUGGCAUGCAUGGCUGACCUUUGUGUCCCGCAUCGCGCGAUCGAGCGCCUGUGUUGCCCUCUUGUGAUACAGAGCAUCCUGCCGAGACAGACCCGAGACACCACAAACAAAGAUCGAUGCAGGCACACAGACCCGCACAAAUAACGCCCUCUUAAGCUUUCCCCUGCUGACGUUUGUUCUGUCGACAUAGCCGAAUCGCUUCUCUGCCCAGCUGAAGAAUCUGGGUGGAGAGGGGAAGUAGAGGGUGCGGAGGGGCUUUCUAGUCUCGCAAUACACCAGGGGGAUUUGGGGCUUCGCCGGAUAGAACGCGUCGCCAUGCUUCUGCAGGCGCACACACACACAUCCACACAGGGGUGGAGGGGCUGAAGGGCGCUGUGCCUGUCCUGACCUUCGUUAUUCUCUUGACUUCAUGCUCAAAUUGGCUCUCGAACAAACCUGACCAUCAUCGUUAGCUCAUUCAUGUGCACGACCAGGGCUCUUGAAGAGACCAAACCUGUGACGCAGCCAUCGAUUCGCUCAACAGUCGAUGACAGGUGCUGCAGCCACACGAACAGUGUCAUGGGGUGGACAGCACAUGUGUGCAGUGAUGUCCCACUGCUUGUGCGCCCAUCUGCCCUUGUCAACACACCUCUGCUGCUGUCUUGAUACGCUGGAAAUCUGCGCUGCCGAUCUUUCCCACCACGUGGAUGGUGUACUGGGUGCGCGCCGACUCUCCUGUGCUCAACUCCUGUGGACUCAACUCCAUCUUUUUGUUUCGGAAAGGG